GAUGGUUGAAACGUAUAUGUGUGUACUUUUUUAUUUUUAUCAUAGCUUGUAUGCUAAAAAGGUUGCACAAUUACCAUCACUAGAACGAACUAGAAGCGGGAAACUCUGCAUUGUUUUAAAAGGCUUACGCCAGUUUCAUUGUAAUUGUCUGAUAAAAUGUGUGAUGUUGGAAAUCUUAUUGAUUUAACAGGUUGGGAUGAGCCUGUCAAAGAUGAAACAGUCAUCGAAGAUGUUCUUACUAGAGCGAAUAAUUUUAAGGGACCCUAUGAUCCUUUUGAUUCGAUGGAAAAAGAAGCCUGCAUCAAGGGCGAAAAUUUUAAAAAUGAUAUGGAAAGGACACAAACUACGGUAGACAUCAAAUUGCAUGAAAACGAAGAUAAUGACUUUAACAAUGAGACACCACCCGUUACCAUGGAGUUUUCACCGAAAAAUGCAGAUGCGAACAAGAACUCCUCGACUGGCAGUGAGUCGCGCCACCGAACUCUACAACAGCUGGCCAAGCUGAAUGCCACAAGGCUAUCCAGUAUUAAGACACCAACGCAAAAUCAAUUGGCAAAUUUUCCUUCAAAUGUAAUUGGAUCCUGUUUUGAGAGCUCGUUUCUAAGCGAGAAUCUGCAAAUGAUUGCGGCAGAAUCGCCCGUUAAGCUGAUAGAAGAUGAGCCAAAUCCAAUCCCAGACACUAGUCCAGUUACCCCGCUGAGUGACGAUGCCUGCUCCAAUUCAGAAUUCGAAGCACGCUUAAAGAUGAUGCGAAUUGCUAUGUUGGACUCCCCAGCUAAAUCCGACCCACCUGCAGCUGUUCUUAGCGAACAGAAUCUAAUGACAACUACACCAACAACUAGUGUGAAUAGUCCCACGCUGGGCACAAAUGCGGCAGAUGUGGGAAAGCUCUUGCAAGACCUGAAGUGUUUAAUUUGUGAGCACGUUGACAUAUCCAAAAGGGAGCAAUUCAAUAAGCUCCUUGAAUCGAUCCGUGCCGCUGUCCAAUGCAGUACCCCAACUGCAGAGGUAAGUGGUCGGAUGGGAAAGGAGUCACCACACGUGUACACACGCCAGGCAACAUUCGAUCUGGACCUUGAGCUACAGAAAGGGAAAGCAGCGUCUGCAGAUAAUGUUAGGACGGUCAACGAAAACAUACAGGAAUUCCCAGAUGCAAUGACAUGCUCUUCGGCUACAUAUGAUGCUGAAUCACUUGACAAGCCAGCAAGUCCGGCUACAGAAACUGAAUAUCAAAAACAAACUCCCGACAAAACACAUAAGAAACCAGAUUCGUAUGUGACUGGGGUUGUUGACGAUAAUUUAGCACUACAAAUAAACGAACUUUUGGAGCGGCACAACCUAACCAAGCUACAUAACAAUGACAGCGACCAACAUCAUCGCGAAUCGGAGCACAGCCAAACUGUAAUAUUUGUUGUAAACUCAACGGGCGUUAAUCAAUUACCCAACUGCAUAGUGCAUCCGAGCACAACCAGAGCAGUUCAAUCAGUUGCAAAUAAUAGCCAGGAGAAUACGUUGCGACGACGAUCAUCAUCCCUGUCAAUUCACGACAAGUCCAAGCAGGAUCGGCCAAAGUCACCGGCGAAGCAAUCUUCCGGUGACAGCCACAAUCCCUAUGUGCCUUUGAAGGCGCUGUCCAACGUGGGUGACAAAAUGAAUGCAAUGGCAUCCUUCAGACAACGUCGCAAUUCGUUUUCCAUUGGUUCAACUGUGGGAAAAACGAGCGCAUCUGCUGCCGCACAGGCCAGAACCCAUAUGGCUGGCGGCCGCACCAAAGUCACAGCCAUAAAUGAGUCCCAGAUUAAGCCCUGUGCGUCCACUAAAGUAAAUAUACCCGUCAAACGUGUAGUGCCUAUGGUGAAGCCAACGUUAGCAUCCACGGAGGUCACAUAUUUGAAUUCAACGACAGCGCGUUGCAACGGCCAAGACACGCCCAUUACGGCAAAAGGCAAGACGGGCAGCAAAUUGUUUUGUACCAGCACACCCAUGCCGCAGAUGCGUUCCUUUCAGCGCAGAUCCCUGAAACCAGUGAUCAGCUAUUCCAGUUCCUCGUGCGCGUCCACGCCUAGCUUGCGACCUGCAAGUUACACCAAGAAAGCUGCACAAUAAAUGCCAGCCAAAAUGUGAUGUUUCCAACUAAAAUAAUUGAAAUUCGAUUGGAAGUACUUCAAAGUUAAAUAUAAG